AUGACCAAGAUGCGCCGACGGAUGCCUCCAGCAACAAUGUUGGUUGACGCCUUCCGCAGACNNUCCACCUCCACUACCUCUUCCAUAGUCAAGCGACCUGCUGCAAAGCACCGUAAAUCUUCCGCGCUCCGGCCCUCGUUCGCUUCAGAUGACGACAACGACCACUCUUCUACUCUGGUCACUCCCAAACGCGCAAACCUCUCCCGCCUUGCCAUUCAACGGAAUGCCGAAAAGCGUUCAGACGUCGCCUUCCGCCCAGGUCUCGACUCGACCUCGGACCGUCCAACUUACAACAAAAACUACCUUGACGAGCUGAAACAGAGCACACCAGCCACACCCAAGGACAUCGCAUCCACCUCGACAACCGACAACGAGGAUGUUGCUCCUGCCCCUGGUGCUGUUAUCGACGUCAAAUCAAAGUUCGGAUCAGACCUUUCCAGUUACCAACCUCCCACAGCUAUACCCACCGCCGCCGAGAUUCAGGAAAAGAAAGCACGUCGCGCACGCUUAGCCAAGGAGAACGACUUCAUAUCGCUAGAAGACGAUGGUGACGACGAGGAAGAAGACGACGCAGUCACACGGGAUGAUCGGGGUCGCUUGAUCCUCAAGCCCAAGGAAAAAUAUCCAGAGACCCGCCUGGUACACGACGAUGAGGACGUGCUCGAAGGUUUCGACGAUUUCACGACAGAUGGCAAGAUUACGUUUGGACGCAAGGCACAGAGAGAGGAGGAUCAGAAGCGCAGAGCCGACAUGGCCUCUAUGAUCGCUGAUGCCGAGGGUCAAAGUGCAGAUGACGACAACGAAGACGAUGAGAGCGAGGCCGAACGAAAUGCUGCUUUUGAAGUCGCGCAAACACGCCACGGUACCUAUGCUGCACGCGAACAGGACGCCGACUCGACAAGACCCCAAACACCGCCCAGGGUUGUACCUCUACCAACAAUGGAUAACGUGGUUGAAAGACUUCGCAAGCGACUGGAGGAAAUGGAAGUAGUUCGCGCCAACAAAGCGAACGAAAUGCAAAGCCUAGUGGACGAAAAGUCGAGAAUCGGCGAAGAAGAAGUGAGAGUUCAAGCAGCUCUGAGAGAGACGGGCGAGAAGUAUCAGAAGUUGAGAGAGGACAUGGGCUUGCAGGCCAAGGAUGAUAAACAAAUGACCACGGAAGAUGCAACAGAACAGAGGCCUACAAUCAACCGAACGGAAGACAGUGAGGACAGCGACGAGGAUGAAGAGGAUGGAAGACCAGGCCUCGGAACAUCCGGUCUAGGCAGUGGAAUGCGUCGAGACCUGUCAGAAUGGGGUAUGUAG